AUGGGUUCCGAGCAAGAGAAGGGUUACGAGAGCCGCACCGGCCAGAGCGAGAUACCCGUCCUCAAGGACGACAUCCCCAUCGAGAACACCGAAUACAACGACCGCGAGGCCGCAGACUCCGACAGGCAACUCGAGCGUGACGAGAAGGAUGCCAUUGACGAAGGCAACAUCCUGAACGAGCGCACACGUGGCGCCACGAAGGAGUCUGGCACCUACACUGAGCCUGGUGAUGAUGAGGGUCUUGAGGCUGCUCUUCAAGACAACGACGGUACAUCUUCCGGCCGUCAGUGA